AUUUUUUUUUUUUUUUUGUUGAGCUUCCUCUGAAAUGCUUGGACUUUUGCUCUGUUUGGUUUUGUGUAUAAAUACAGGGAAUGUGGAGUCACAUGUUGCUCUAUGCUUUAAACUAUUACUAGAAUAAUUCUUUUCUCAGUCUUUUUAGCUUGAAGUUUUCGCCUUCGCUGCCUUCUUGGACUCUUGUUCUUUACUGAUUUCUUUUUAGCUUUCUGGGUAUUUGUUUAUAAAAUUAUAAGUUUUAAUUCCCAUGUUUUGUAAAUGAUUUUUGCUUUGUGGAGAAUAUCCAAUUCAAUAAGUUUAAGGUUGUCCUUUCUGGGUUUUGGAUAAUGACCAUUGGUUUUCCUUAAAUUUGGAGAAUGUCUUUGACUUCUUUUCUGAGUUUUGCUAUCAUAUUCACUUGAAUUCUGCACAAAGAUUUGGUGUUUUUCUUCUGUUUUUGAACUUUUGAUUGUAAAAAAAAAAAAAAAUUAUGAAGGGUUUGGUUCUGUUUCGAGUAUUUGGUAUUUUCUUACUAUGUGGGAGUGUUGCGAGUAAGGAGUGUACGAACAUUCCAACUCAGCUUUCAUCGCAUUCUGUCCGUUAUGAACUGUUGAAAUCACAAAAUGAGACAUGGAAAGAAGAGAUGUUUGCUCAUUACCACUUGAUCCCAACUGAUGACUCUGCUUGGUCUAAUUUGUUACCAAGGAAAAUAUUAAGAGAAGAAGAUGAAUUCAGUUGGUCAAUGAUGUAUAAGACAAUGAAGAAUCCUGGUAGUUUCAAGUUGGCUGGAGAUUUUUUGAAGGAGGUUUCAUUGCAUGAUGUUAGUUUGGAUCCUAAUUCCAUUCACGGGCGAGCACAGCAGACGAACUUGGAGUAUUUAUUGAUGCUGGAUGUGGAUAAUUUGGUUUGGAGUUUUAGGAAAACUGCAGGUUUGCCAACGCCUGGGAAGCCAUAUGGAGGGUGGGAGGCCCCUGAUGUUGAACUCCGGGGUCAUUUUGUCGGGCAUUACUUGAGUGCAACAGCACAGAUGUGGGCUAGCACUCAUAAUAUCACUCUCAAACAGAAGAUGUCAGCAGUUGUGUCUGCCCUAUCUGCCUGUCAGAAGAAAAUGGGCACGGGAUAUCUUUCUGCAUUUCCAUCUGAAUUUUUUGAUCGCUUUGAAGCAAUAAAACCUGUCUGGGCUCCAUACUACACGAUUCACAAGAUCUUGGCAGGUCUCUUGGAUCAAUUUAUAGUAGCUGAUAAUGCUCAAGCUUUAAAUAUGACAAGAUGGAUGGUCGAUUACUUUUAUAAUCGUGUUCAGGAUGUCAUAACAAAGCACAGUGUGGAGAGACAUUGGCUGUCCCUUAAUGAAGAAACUGGUGGUAUGAAUGACGUCCUCUACAGGUUGUUUACCAUAACGGGAGAUCCAAAGCAUUUGUUGUUGGCUCACCUUUUUGACAAACCGUGUUUUCUAGGAUUACUUGCAGUUCAGGCUGAUGAUAUAUCAGGCUUUCACGCCAAUACACACAUUCCUGUUGUUAUUGGAUCUCAAAUGCGGUAUGAAGUGACUGGUGAUCCUCUUUACAAGACAAUAGCGACAUUCUUUAUGGACAUUGUUAAUUCUUCUCAUAGCUAUGCAACAGGAGGAACAUCAGUCAGCGAAUUCUGGUCAGAUCCAAAACGAUUGGCAAGUACUUUACAGACUGAGAAUGAAGAAUCGUGCACAACUUAUAACAUGCUGAAGGUCUCUCGCCACCUAUUUAGAUGGACCAAAGAAGUGGCAUAUGCAGAUUAUUAUGAGCGUGCCCUCACAAAUGGCGUACUAGGCAUCCAAAGGGGAACAGAGCCUGGAGUGAUGAUUUACAUGCUACCACAAGGUCGUGGGGUCUCUAAGGCCAUAAGCUACCACAAGUGGGGAACACCAUUUGAUUCUUUUUGGUGCUGCUAUGGUACAGGAAUUGAAUCGUUUUCCAAGUUAGGAGAUUCUAUAUACUUUGAAGAGGAAGGGAGCGACCCUGGCCUUUACAUCAUCCAAUAUAUAUCAAGCACUCUUGAUUGGAAAUCUGGAAAAAUUGUGCUCAACCAGAAAGUUGAUCCUGUUGUUUCCUGGGAUCCUUACCUUCGUGUGACAUUGACUUCUUCUUUGAAAGAGGGAGCAGGGCAAUCGUCUACCUUGAAUUUGAGGAUACCAAUCUGGACCUGGUCAGAAGGUGCCAAGGCAACACUAAAUGCUCAGAAUCUAGACCUACCAGCACCAGGUAGCUUCUUACCGGUAAAAUGGAGUGCUGGGGAUAAAUUAACCCUUCAGUUGCCAAUUAGUCUGAGAGCAGAGCCAAUUAAAGAUGAUCGCCCUGAACAUGCUUCUGUUCAGGCAAUACUCUAUGGUCCUUACCUGCUUAGUGGUUAUAGUAGUGGUGAUUGGGACAUAAAAACUGGUUCAGAUGCAGACUGGAUAGCUCCUGUUCCUUCUGCUUAUAACAAUCAUCUUGUUACUUUUUCCCAAGAUUCUGGUGACUCAACUUUUGUCUUAACAAACUCAAACCAAUCAAUCAGAAUGGAGAAGUUCCCUAAAGCGGGUACUGAUGCUGCUCUUCAUGCCACCUUUAGGCUCAUCUUUGAUGAAACUUCAGAAAAAAUUUCAAACAUUAGAGAAGCCAUUGGUAAAACUGUCAUGCUUGAGCCAUUUGACUUUCCAGGAAUGGUUUUAGUGCAUCAAGGAACAGAAAAUAACCUGGCGGUAACUGAUUCUCCUAAUGAUGAGGCUACUUCUGGUUUCCGUUUAGUUGCUGGAUUAGAUGGAAAGGCUGAUAGUGUGUCCUUGGAAUCAGAGAGCGAAGAGGGGUGCUAUGUAUAUAGUGGUGUAAACUACAGUUCCAGUGUGGACAUGAAGCUCAGCUGCAAUUCAGCAUCAUCCGAGGCUGGAUUCAAUCAAGCAAGCAGCUAUAUAAUGAACAAAGGGGUAGCUGAAUAUCAUCCCAUCAGCUUUGUUGCAAAAGGGGCAAGGAGGAAUUUCCUUAUGGUACCAUUACAGAGCUUCAGAGAUGAAUCUUACACCAUUUACUUCAACAUUCAACCAUAAUGAAUUUGGUUAUAGGACUGAACAAGACGUCAGCACUCCUACCAUUUAUUUCCUUAUGCUGUUGGGGUUGUAUUUUUAUUCAUUUACAUUACUUGGAGGUAGGUUGUAAUUGUUUUACAAAUGAAUUCACUGUAAUAGGAGUUAUAGACUUGUGUAAGAAAUUCAACGGUAAUUGUUCUUUGUUUGCCAGGAAUGAAGCUAUUCCUUACUCCAAGUCUGAAAUAAUAUUUUUGCUGGGAAUAUUUGGAAUGCAUUAUAAUAUUUGAUUCUUGGAAAAAA